AUGACCUUUGAAUCUUCUAUUCUAGGUAAUUUGGAGCCAAGAAAGGUUCGUGGGCCUGCUUUACUAAAAGAUAUUUGGAAACUUCCUCCGCUGAAGGUAGUUGAUGUGACGUUUAAUAAUCGUAUCCAAGCUAUUGGGGAAAAAGGUCGAAAGCUUGCUAGCUUUCUAGGAAUCAUUGCGAGAACUCCAGAACUAACACCUUUACAUGUAGAUGAUUGGAGAAAUUUUGACAAGGAGGAAAAGAAGAAAUUGGUGGAUUUUGUGAGGAAGAAGUACUCUAUCCCAAGACGAGGAGAAGCUUAUGUCCUAAAGCCACUAGGAAAGAAAUGGAAAGAUUACAAGUAUAAAGCUAAGAGGCGUUCCCAAGCAAAUAGAAAUAAUAGUGCCAAUCAAAAGAUGCCUCACACAGGACGAUCCAAAAGUGUUGCUACCUUGAUGGAUGAGCAGGCUGUAAAUAGGAUAGAGCCUACACGAGCACAAGUUUUCAUAUUAACUCACACAAAACGUAAGGAUGGUAGACCACUGGAUGAUGAUUCUGUCAAGGCAAUUGAAAUGCUAAAUGAAAGGACGAACAAUAGUGAGAGCUCUACUGACCAACCUCCUCGGGCUGUUGCUUGGGAAGGCGAUGUGUAUUCUCAGGUGUUCGAAAAUGACAAAAGUGGAUAUGUUCGUGGUUUAGGACUUAGUCCAACUCCUUCUGGUCUAUGGGGUAAUAGAUCUUCCUUAGAAAAUAUUGUUGGAGAGGAUUCGUCUAAUGAAGCUGUCCAAAGAUUAACACAAGGAUAA